AUGGUUGAUCAGCCUGUGUGUCCACCACAGCUCCUGCUGCUGCGAGGCUGGGGAGCAGUGCUGCUGUCUCAGUGCUUGUCCUCUGUGUUCUCGCAGAUCCCGGAUCCUGAGCUUUUACCCACAGAUCCCCCGAAGAAGCCUGAUCCUGUCAACUCAGAGACUGUAGUUUUCUGGGGACUGCGGUUAUGGCAGGUCAUCGGCAUCUUCUCUGUCUUUGUUUUAGCAGUUGUCAUCACUCUCUGCUGUAUUUUCAAAUGCCGGAUCCCAAGAACUAAAAAGGAAAUUGAGGCACGGCACGCGCAGAGGCAGGCCGCCAAAAAAUAUGCCAACACGCUAGAGACGGUGCCACCUCUGAAUGAGCUGACUGAGAUCCCAGGAUCUGCAAAGGCAGAGGAGAAGGAGGAGGUGUCGACAGUCUCGGGGAAAGUGGAUGGCGAAAAAGGAGAGAAGAAGUCCAAGGAGGGCAAGAAAGAAGGCAAGGGUGCCAAAGAGGGGAAAGGGGAGGAGAAGGAUGCUAAGAAGGGUGAAAAAAGUGAAAAGGGAGCACCUAAGAAGGAGGCCGGCGAUGGAAAAGGAAAGAAAUCUGGUGAGAAGGGAGACAAAGGAGGGGAGAAAGGAGAAAAAGGAGGCAAAGGAGGGGCAAAAGGGGGAGCGAAGAAAGCUCAAAAGUGA